UCAGGAGACAUUAAUAGCCUCUAUAGCGAUGCAGACCACUACUGGGACUUUGAACAAACACCAGAGUCACAAAUCAUUGAUAAAAGAACUGAAAAACCAAUAACGCUUCAUGGAUCUCCAGAAAUUCUUGACUCGCCAACGGGGAAAGGCAUCUAUCUUCAAGGAACAAGAAAGAAUUCGUCCAUAGACCUCCUAAGAGUCAGUAGCUCAUCAUGUCUCUUCGAUCCUUCAACCUGCACAGCCGGCUUGUCAAUUACCAUGUUUUUGAAAUUUAGACGAGGCGGGGAGCGUAGCAUCAACAGUACGCAAAUGUUUUUCGGUAACAGCGUAGGUACGGAAUUCCGGCAAGGGGUGUCGAUCUUUUACGACGAGAAUAGUGGAUUCUUCAAUGCGACUGUUUUCGGCAGCACAAAUUUUUGUUUCCGAUGGUUUAAACUGGUCGUAAACUCGUGGACGUACAUCCAUCUCCGGUGGAAGAACAGCGCUGAUAAUGAAGGAAUGCUAAACGUGACGGUGGAGGGAAAUGUAGAUCCUUCUGGUUACAUUACCUGCGGUUCAAUAACCUCUCCACUGCCCACACAGAGAGAUUACAGCCUAGGAAAUGCAGCUUUCCCUGUGGCUUAUUUUGAUAACGUAGCCAUAUGGUAUAGGGAUGAACCAACCAACACCGCACCGUGGAGUUACAUCACAGGUAAGCAACAGAAACAGAUCGAUUUAAUGAUUUAAAAAAGAAGGGGAAAAUGUGUUUAGAGCAUGAGCCCACACAUAGCAACAUCACAUUAACAUCUAAUCCAAUGAUCCUUCGUUAGAAGAGGUGAAGGUUAGGAGGGGACACAGCCUUAACAGCUACUCUCUGGAAACCGCAUUAUACCAGUGUCACCACCCUGAGUCACUGGUAUGUGAUCUAGUAGAAAAGUCUCAGAGAUUAGACUUAACAUCAAUACUGGUUCCUUGGUGGGCUCAUUUUAAAGACAUAACCCUCUCCUGUGCGUAUGAGUCUGAGAAGCUUUUGCGGAUCAAUCAUUCAAAUUUGUGCAGUCCAAGCCCUUUACUUCAGUCGACACCAGGUGCAGCACUCGCCGCCCCAUUCGCCUAUUUUCUCGCCCUUUCAGCUACUGAUUAUGAGUGAUUAUUACGAAAUUACAAUAGUCAUCGUUUUUGAAAUCAUUCUCUUUAUCAUGGGUAAUUAUUAACCUACUUUGACUUUCUUGUCAUAUAUGAACUUCGCAAUGGGCCCUGCUCACCAUAGAGUCUCUGUGGCUUAGUGGUAGAGCAUCGGAGCUCUUAGAUUCGUUUCCUGGUGGGCAAUCAGAAUUUUUCCUUUAUCCCACGCUCGUGACAAGAAGGAGAAACAUCUUUCUCUAUUUGCUAACCGAGCUCAAAACUUAUCAUCUUUCUUAUUUUGUUUCUUGACUUUCUUUCUAGAUUUUGGUGGUAAUACCACACUUUCUCUUGAAAUUACCCUCGACAAGCCAUGGAAUUCAGGCUUCAGCAACAGUGGAUCGACACAGUUCCAAACCUUAAAAAAUGAAAUCAUUAGUCAGGUAGGGAAAAUUCAACUUCUCGAAAACUGAGUUCGGAGAAGACCUCUCCCCAAAACUUUCUUUAGCGAGAGGAGGAGGAUCUAAAUUUCAAGUCAACACAAAUCAUAUCAUUAGUGAAAAAGAUGGUCUGGUAGACUGUCAUUUGACCUCUAAGAAUAUAAAUUUAAAAAAAUGCCUGGAAAUUGUUAAAUUUCUUUUCUUAGAAGUGAAACACCUGGUAAAGCGAACCAAGUAAAAGGUGCUGAGUUAGAGCUUUUUCAAAAUUUUGUUAUAAAGCAAUUUUUUUGGUUGGUUUGACUUUUGAUAAGUGCAAGUUAAGUGAAGGGUCUUCAGCAAAGAGUGGCGAUUUAAAUGUGCCUUUUAAUAAGAAACAACUCUGGAGGCGUUUAAACAAAGACCUGCUCAGAUUUAUCGUUUACAAUUAGAGAGUUUCCGAGGAAGACCUAACUACUCGUUGGGUUUUGAAGGCAAAUAACAGGAGAUUAUUUGAAUGUGAUGGAGAAGAAGUUGUCGAUUGCGACGAGUUGGUUAUUUGGCGAGAGUCUCUUCGUAAAGUUACGCGCUAUUAAACACAACUGCUGACUCGUGAUUGGCAAAGCCUUCUAUGGUAAUGUGGGCGCUAAAAUGGGUUUAUGAAUAUUAUUAUGUCGAUAAUCUGACUACACUUCAUUUUGGUGUGGGUCAUUUCUUAAAGUUUUGAUAAAAUAAAAUAUGCAUGAACAUUUGAUUAUUUUACGGAUAAACUUGUUCACUGAUUAUCUUUUACUUCUCUUUAGUGGGUUGUUCAAUUCCCGCCUAUAAUUCAUUUUUACAGAUUGAGAGAAUUUAUAACAAUAACGAUGGCCUUAGCCACAAAGACAUUCAACAAUUUACGUAAGUAAUACUAAGCAAGAGAGUGUAUAUAUAUAUACAAAUUCUCAUAUACCUAUGGUAAUAUGUUAAAGAAACUCACUUAAAAUUAAACCAGCCCACAAAAUAUAUUAAAAAAAAAAGAUCAAGCAAAUAAAUUACCACUGAUGUGAGUUCAACCUUAAUUUGUCUAUUGAGACUUAAGGGGAUUCCUAUUUUGCUUACCUUUGGGCAGUGGGGUAAUUCAGUCUAAGUUGAAAUUUUCCGCUAAGAAAUGCUGACUUUGUUUGAUCUCCAGCUCUGACAGCUCUGGCGGUGUGAACGCACAUAUUGAACUCAAAUUUGACCGGAAGACUUCUUGGGAAGACAGCUUCGUUUUACAGGAUUGUCUUGAAAACGGACAUUUUCUUGGGGGAACUGUUGCCAACAUUACGGACUGCGACGCGGACGAUGGAUGUGAGUAAAAACAUACUGCUUCACCAUGUCAAGUUGUUAUCAUGCCACAGUUAGGUUGUCUUCUUGUCCUAUUUCGUCUUGCUUCUACUGCUUCCUCUUUACCGUCGUUGCUCAAGCUAAUUUUGUGGUCAGAAUUUGUCUUGCAGCAAACCAUCUGCAUUUUUUAAUACUCAGAGAUUCGUUGUCUCUACAAGAUGGUCAGUGUCUUUCGGACGUAAAUCCAAUAAAGUCAAGAUCAGUUUUUUUUUACAUCAAGUGUUUGGCUUCUAACCAAAUCCAUACCAUUCAAAUUUCUUCUGACCAUUAUAUCAACCUGCGGCCUAUUUAACAGACAAGUUUUCUACCAAAGUUACCGUUAUGCACUGAGCAAUAGUAUACCCAAUUACAACGUAAAUGUUCCCUCUUCAUCUGGCGGCUAAAGAAGCACUUGACCGACAAAAGCACACACCUUUAGCCUUAAUUUCUUUUCUGGGUGAGAAAUAUAAUUUGUAAGCUUAAUUUGUAAACGUUGACGCGUUCUUGUAUCCAACAGUUUUUUGUGAGGGACUUAACAUCGUCGCAAACAGUAGUGACAUUGGCUCAAGGCAUUUGGGAAUCUCUUUCAACGCCGUGGAAAAACUGAAUCACCAUAAGCAUCUAAUGGGAUAUACUGUGCUGCACAAAAAAACAGACAGCAACGACUCGUGGAAACCACAUGAUGUCCGUGGAGGCUGGCCUCACUAUUACAAAAUUUCUGGCUUGAAGCCCUAUACAAACUAUUCAGUUCGGGUUACGCCGUAUUCCUUUCAAGCCGCUGGUUUGUUAGGACCAAUCACUAUUCUUGAAACAGCGGAAGAAGGUGGAUGAAUAUAGUGUGGGGAGGGGGGAGAGGGGAGGGGGGGUGUAAUGCAAACGCCGCUGAGGGUGCACAUAAGAGUUUUAAAACGACUGAACCAUAAAGAACAGUGAGCAAAGGCUGAUUUUAUGACGUGAAACACAUUUGAAAAAGUAACGCAUCAAAGGCGUGAUAAAGUCCAAACUGAAGAUCAGCAAUGAAACCGUGAAGAGCCGUCUUACUGUUUUAAAAGACGGUCACCCUCGAACUAAGAGGGUCUCAAUGGGGUUAACCGUUAGCCUUAAAACAGUCAAAAAGUAGAGCGUUUAGGAGUAAAAAUUGACAAAUUUUAACCACAAGUCGUAAAAAAAGUUGACCUUUAAAAUUUUUCCAUCUUCAACGAGUCAUUUUGUGUCAUUUUGGGUAAAUCGUAAAAUGACAAAAAGUUUAACCGUUGGCCGUAAAAGCCAGUAUCCCAAUGAGGCCCUCAACUAACGUAAAGUGUACAAUUUGUGAUGUAACUGUUUACCAUAAUCUGGGUGACUGGCGGUAUUUUCACUAAGCUUAAAUUCAGUCUUUGUCUAUCGCAGGUUACCUUUAAUAUAAAUGUGUUUUAUAAUCACACACCAAGAUAAAUAAAUUCAACCUUCUUUAUUCCACAACCAAAAAAUAUAAUCGACAAAAGUUUUCUUUUGGGAAGUGAUGUUUAGGUUUGAAACAUAUAGUCUCCUUCAUGACUUCUUUAUACUUCCCACCAAUCAGAGUCUUUCCUUUAGAUUCAAUACUUUCCAUAACCUUACAAACCUUGGUCCCUUAUAGUGCCAGCCAGUGGUCCCGUCAUCCUGGAAGCUUAUAAUAUCAACAUGACAAGUGUAUUUGUGCGAUGGAAUGAAAGCAGCAUCCCAAAAGAGGACUGGCACGGAAUUCCAAGGGGGUUCCGCGUGCACGGGCAGGGAAACCCAUGCAAGGGUUAUCAUGUGCCUCCACAGAACGUGGGGUUAAACGUGUCUUCAUUCACAGUCACUGGUUUACAGGCUUGGGUGGUUUAUAUUGUUAAAAUCAGCGGAGUAACAAGCCCAGGACAUGGGGCCGCCUCUGAAGUUCGAGUAAAGACUAAUGACUCAGGUAUUAUUGUCCAUACGUUGCUAAGCUGUUCAAAGUAAAUAAAAACAACAAUAAUAACACCAACAACAACAAAAAGCGAAAAAAUAAGGGUUUGAUUGUAUUUGUUUCCGAUGAUACAUACCAUUCUAGUUAUAAUGAUUGUUAUGUAUAUUCUCUUCAACACUCACAGUUCCUGCCCGUGGCCCCCGGGACAUUCGUAUCACUGCAACAAGUAAUCACAGCGUGAAAAUCACGUGGAAUACCGUGCAUGUAUGUCAUGUGCACGGACCUGUCGUGUCAUACGAGGUUCACUUACGAGAUGUGCAGAGUGGGAGCUCAGAUAUAAUGCACAAUGUAAGUGUUCUGGCGGAACAGGAGCGAAGACUGGAUUUCACCAGUUUGGAGAUCUACUGGGAAUAUGGAGUCCGCAUUAAGGCUUUUACAACCUUGGGAGUCGGACCAUCUAGCGUCGAAGUCACUGGCAUGACAGAUGAAUGGGGUUUGUGCAAAAUCAUAUAAUUUAUUUCUUAAAAUAAUCAGAGGGAAACUGAAUGCUAAGGUAUGGUGACUGUUAAAAGGGGACGGACCUCGAUUUCUCUGGUUUUAAAUUGUCUAAGAGAGCAAGGUUGUAAUAGUUGAUGUUGGAGAAUACACGGGUCACGAAGCUCAUAAUAAACGUUUACAUGGCUAUAUGAGUAUAAGGUUUAGUUUAACUUUUAUCGAGGCUAUCUUACCAGUCUCUCGCAUUGCAUCCCCCCCAAAAAGAAACAUCAAUGAAAACAUUGUCCUGCCCCCCAAAAGAAUGAAGUUCAGUAAAAAAUAAUUAGGGUGAAGGCUAUCGUGGAUUGGAAGAGCAAGCCUUCGACGAGCGCCAUAGGCGUUAUGCUAUUAUAUGAAUAACGAUAGAUGAAAGCUCAUAAUUCUUUUUUUGUUUUUGUAGUGCCAAUCGUUGCUCCAAGCAAUGUUGUCCCUUCUGAUCCAGAAACAACAAGUAUAAGAUUGUCGUGGUAUUUUGAAGACAAAGUGCGAGACGUUCUUGGCAUUUUAAGGGGAUUUAGAAUAUUUUACCAACUUGCUAACAGCAGCUCUGCGCCAUUACAACGACUGGAAGUAAAUGGAAAUAACAUUCGAGAAGCUGAAAUAACUGGAUUAGAGAUUUACAGGUUUUAUAAGAUUUCAGUGGCUGGGAAAACGAGCAAGGGUCACGGAGUGAUCAGCGAACAUGUGUAUAUACGUACUUUGGGUACAGGUUAGUGUCAUACAACUCUUUCUCUCCCUCCCUGCAUCUAUUCAUCCAUCCAUACAUACAUACAUUAAUUCUUUCGUCUGCCUGUCCUUCAGUAAACAUCCAUACAUUUUGUUUUUCCUACUUUUAACUCGACUAACAUUUAUCAGUCAAUUCUCGAACCAUACUUUGGUUGCAAUUGCAUUGGAAGAAAUCAAUAAUUGACUAAGUAUCAAACUUCAAGUGUUAAGAGAUUAUAAUGCCCUAAAAUAGUGAUCUCGGGUAUCGAUUACCGAGUGGCAAUAAGCGAAGAUACUACUGGACAAACGGAUCUUAUUGUGUUUUCAGCCUAUGAGCAAGAUCUCUUUUUGAGUAAUGGCUAAUUAAAGUACUCUGGUAUAAUCUUCUUUCCGUCAGUCCGGUCCUCAGUCCAACUGUUCAUUUAUUUCAUCUAUUUCAUUAUGAAUUUGUGAAAUUGAAUGACUAUAACUACGUAGGUCUGUUUACAAAGUCAAUCGGGAUAGAUUCAUAUUCGCACUUUCCACUUUCAUCACGACUUCCUCUAUUUUCUGAACUUUCAGGUCUUCUUCUUCAUAAUGUUUUUCUUUUCUUUUUUUAUACAUUCAAGCACCCGAUCACCAUCCUGUACCCAUCUAUAUUUUUAAUAUAAGUUCCACAAGCCUCCGUGUCACGUGGGGUAAAGUUCCAGACCACUUUCAUCAUGGCGAGGUGAGGGGAUAUCGCGUGUUUUUGGAGGAAAGUGGACACUUUGAUGCAGUAGUAGGAAAUUAUACAGUGCCCCUCAGCACAAACACCUCAGAUUUCACAGGUUUGAAAAAGUUUACGACCUACAGUGCUCGUGUUCGCGCAUAUUCCCUCUUUGGGGAGGGGCCAGAUGGGGAGGUUACCGCAUCAACAGACGAGGACGGUAAGUUUAAUUUUUAAAUGGUUUUAGAUAGUUACAUGAAUACUGAUGUGAAAACUUCAUCGGCUAUUUCGAUAUCCGGCGUGCAUGUCGCUGACAGUUGUAACACUUAUAACUUACGUUCGGACGUGAUGCAAAUAAAUUAUUUCCAAGCUGUGGUGUUGUAUCACCCCCUUACCUAUCCCACGAGUCAUUCCUCUUAGGCUAAUUAAAGAAGUUAUCUUAAGACCUUUCCAGUAUAGGGAAAUCCGAAAAGGGACUGGGUGUACACAACCCUAUUGAGCGAAUUCUCCUUACUUUUAAAAUCACGGAACGUAGAUUUAUUCUGCUCUCAGCUCUCUAAGAGACAAGCGAGAUUCAUAAUGAAAUCAUCGACACGACUGAUCAGAUGCCUUGACACUUAAAACAGACUUAAAACAGCUGUAACGGUAUUGUCUCCUAGAGGGUAACGUCUCAGGUUUAUCAUUUCCUAGCAUGAUGUAGUCUCAAAAUAAGCCUCGGACGCGUUCAUUGUUGACAGUUAUGGAUUCGAACGACCAUCUCAUCAGGAGAAAAAAUCCUUGAAUUUCAACAAUAUCUUUUCUUUCAAAUGUUGUUCUGAAAGUUGAUAAUAAUAUCAAAAUGCGUCCUUUGCUCUGAUUGAAAUCAGAGACAGUUAUGGUCUAUGGUUAUUGGUUUUUCUGUAAGCUCUACUGGAGAGUAUCAAAAGACAGUACUUAAUUUCUGACCAUGAGAAAUAAAAACGUAUUUGUAGUGGUAGCCCAUGUUCUCAAUAUCGCAUAAAUUGAUGAUUUCACUGUAUGGUUUUUUAAAAAUUGUGAAUGUAAAACGCGAUAUCAUUCACUUCAACAACCAAUUUUCAGCUCAAUAAGCUUUCUUAAUUCUUUCACCUCUAAGAUCUCAUUAGUAAUUCUCCAUACUGACUGCUGUACAAUUCUUAUAAUUUUAGUUCUAAGAAUUUGUUUGGAUCAACUGAUAACCCCUUAAUUGAUAUUUAUCUUUAUUCUCAUCACUUGUCUGUUUGAAAUUGUAUGGAUAUUGUAGGGAGAAAUUCUGUCUUGGUCACUCAUGGGUUCUGGAUCGAAGCUUCUCCCAGUGACGUGUUGCCCAGUUUUCUUACGUUAUGAACGAAACCCUUUACACUCUAACAUCAGUAUGCAUAUUCUCCACACUGUUCUCUAAACAUUUCAUAAGGUGCCGACAAGAAGAAUUUGUCUAACAAUCAAGAGCUUCUUUCGUUGGUGAUCAGUUCCUUUAUUUUCCUGACCUUAGUCGCUCUAAGGGGUUAAAGGGUUAAGGUUAUGAACUUCAUUCCCUCCCAGUUCCAACCGAGGCUCCAACAGAUCUUCAGCUGUUCAACAUGAGCUCGACCAGUUUGAGAACAGUCUGGAACCAAGUUCCUGAAUGUUGUCGUCACGGCAUCAUUCGAGGCUAUCGGCUGUUCUUGAAGGACAACAACACUGGAGAGUUUUUACGUAAUGAAACUGCAGCUCCUGACCGACACCAUUUUGACUUUUCCUCUCUAAUGAAGUUCUACGGCUAUAGCGUUUCGAUGUUGGCUUUCACUAUAAAAGGAGAUGGACAACUGAGUAAAGAUGUACCCGCCAUGACAGAAGAGGACUGUAAGUAUGAAUCAUAACGGUAACUAAAGACGCUCAGGUUAUCUUCGACAUCCUCAAUCCGUGGGAAAAGGAAAUGCUAGAUUUUGUAACUGGCCAGUGCACAAAUAUAUAUUUAUAUAUGUAUAUGAGAAAAAAAAAUUUAGACCUCGAAAGGCACAAAUAUUAUAUACUUUGGUAGUAAACUUUUCGCCGGUUAGGGCUUCAUCAGUAUAAAGUGAUGCAAACUAAGGCUAGUUAAAUUUAUACAAUAGGCUGCUAAGGUUCGUUAACUUGAGGUAUUACUUUAUUAUUAGUGUUCGUCCUAUACAUCCAUUUAAGAUCGAGUAGUUCGCUUCAUUGCAUUUUUUAAUUUCAAGAGCCUGGCCCAUAGUCUUUCCAAUGUAAAUAUAAAUAUUUCAAUUUUUAUGGGUUUGCAAAGCAGUCCAAAGAAGUCCAAAGCAGUUUACAAUAGCUUCAUCCUGCCACAAUCUUUAUUUUUUUUACUCCUCUCACUAAUUAUAAAGACUUAUUCAUCAGUCAUACUUUGGGGUGUAUCGCCUGCUUGAUUGUAUAUAAGCGGAAAAUGAAAACAGAAACAAUUCUCAAAGUUGAUGUUUAGCUUUCAUGCUAUUUCAGAAUUUUUAUAAUCAGAGGGAGAUUAUUUGUAUCAAAAAUGCUUCGAAUGUUAUUUAUCACAGUUUUUAAAAUAGCUAUCUUUGAACGAACUCAUUUCCAGUUCCUAUCGGAGCUCCUUUCGAAGUACGUGGAAGGAACACGAGCGCUUGGAGUCUUCUGAUCGAAUGGGAAUUUGACCCAAAUGUACGGCUGGUGCUUGGUGUUCUCCUUGGAUUUCACGUGCAUUAUUUGAAUAUAAACGACAGCCAUGCACUUUGGAAUUUUAAAACGGUUCGUGAUCCCCUGGCCCGCCAAACGACAUUAAUAGGCUUAGAGGAGUACAGAGAUUAUAACAUUACUGUUACCGCCUUUACCAGGAUUGGCGAAGGUGCCAAGAGCCCUUUCAUACUCAAAAGAACAGACGAGCACGGUGAGUAAUUAAUUCUAAUGCUUUGCAUCGGCGUCAAAACAAGCAUCUUUAACUCUUUGAGGCGCAGCUCCCUGGUAAGCUUUAGUAUUCAAAUGAAUGAAACUCGCUAGUUGUUAGUUUGAAAGAAAGUCGAUGGAACAACCAUCGGGCAGGUAUAUAUUUCUUAUCUCUCAGGCUGAUUGGCUUAAUUUUUGUUUCAGUUCCCAGGGCUCCUCCAAGUAACAUCGUUGCUAUAAACACAAGCUCGACAAGCCUUUGUGUGGACUGGGGCGAGGUCUCCUUCCCUGAUCAAUUGGGUAUCAUCCGAGGAUACAGGCUAAUUAUGUGGAGAACUAAUCACAGUGCAGUUAUUUUACGGAACAUAACAAUAUUGGUUCCAACGCGAACUUUCAGCCUCUUAGGAUUAGAGAAGUAUACAAACUACACAAUCCAGGUGUCGGCGUUCACCAUCAAAGGAGAAGGAAUCAAGAGCGAACCGACUAUUGCAAUCACUGACGAGGACGGUAAGUGAAGAUGGAUUAUGUUAGAGCUAAAAAUAGCGUCAAAAACCCGGUUUAUUUUGCAUGCAAAUAGCGUUAUCUGUUUUUUAACGAUCACAUGUUGGCGGUGGCCAAUAUGUCCGUUAACUCUAGCUUAAAAGGGAAUUAAAAGAAACUGAAAAGCUUAAUAGGACAUUCCUGAGAUGCGCAGACUUUAUAUUGAAGCGAAUGAGAGUCUAUUUAAGUUGUUAUUCCCAUGCAAAUACAACUCAUUUUCUCAAAGAAGGAUUUGCUCCUAAUCUCACAUUGAAAAUGAGAACUUGUGGAACUCAAAAAUGGUCCAACUUAACAAGCGGCUUGUUCAGUUGAUCACUUGCCUCGAUAUCAUCAGUAUGACGUUUCAAAAUAAAGGACGUAAACGAAAUGACUGUGUAAAGGAAAAAAAACCAUCACGACCUUCGCAUUUAUUGCUUAGUGUGAUCGCUUCGACAAGGAAAAAAAUUCCUUUCCAAUUUCUCCGGCAAAAUUGUUUUCAAAUUCGUCGCAAUCAGCGGCGGAUCAAUUCGUUUAAUGCCACUUUAGCCAUACCGGGAUUCACAUGCAGUUUUGCCCUUAUUCACAUUUUGGGCGUAAUAAAUGACGAAUCAACCGUUCUACGCAUAACGAUCGUCCUGUAUGACGUAGGGAUGAGCAGCGGCGAUAUCGAAGAGCGAAACAUUUCUGUCGGAAUAUCCAUUAAAAAUGAUAAAUGUUGAAACUUUCGAAAAACAAAGUUAUCAGUAUUUGGAAGACAGCAAAUUACAACUGCCUGCUGUAGCCAUACACAACCCGACAAGGUUUUCCUGUAUGUGGCUAUGUUCAGUGGAACGGCUGGGCUUUGUUGCAGAACGCGAAUACAAUGCGCUUGAGACCGAUGCUCACGAAGAGUCAGAUAAAUGUUUAUGCAGCAAUAUGCAGAGAUUACUAAGUAUAAAGAUAUGACUGUGUAUGCAAUUAUCAGAGUUAUAAAGUAUUUAAGGAAGGAGACAGCUGUGGAGAAGAUAGACACGAUCCAAAUAACACCAACAGCAAUGUAAGCAUGCUUCAAAGUGACAACUUGUUUGUAUCGGAAGCCUAGCUAGUUUUAAUGCAAGUAGGCUUUCUACACUAAUUUUGGUAAGUGUCGUCAAAGACACUUAAGAAAAGAGAAAGCUUGCCAGAGUACCUGAAGCAAAUGCAAAGCGACACACAUUCCAUCGUUUGGCCAGGGCAGAAUUAAGAUAUGCCGAAUAGAGAGGUCCCGUAACAAGACCGAUACCAAGAUCGCUGACAGCCAAACAACGCAAUAAAAUUUUUAGGCGGCGCGUGCAGAGGAGAUUCUGUGUGAAAGGCCACUAACAUCAAAUUAUUUCCCAUAAAUGAAGUUAUGGAUAAAACGAUGCUAGACACUGAAAGGCAAGUGAAGUGAUGGUUCAACUGAAAAGGCAAUUCUGCUGAGCACAGCAGUCGUUCAGUUGACCUAAGUCCAUCUCCAUUAUUCAUUGAUUAAAGAUUAUUCGCUUAAGAGUUUAAGUUUCUCCAUCAUAACGGCUUUUAUAAAAGUAUACUCCUCCAUCGAUUCCAUUCUAUACCUGGUAAAAUAUGAUUGGUCAGGGAACUGAAGAACAACGUAACGUAAGAGCCUAGAAACCAAAUAGAAACAUGGCAUUACUGAGUGCGAGAAAAAGAACAGGCACUGUGCAAUUGUAACGUCCCGCUUCCUGCCUCAACCUUUAAUGAAAAAAUUCCACGGACCACGAAAACACUGAGAAAAGCAAAACACCAGACGAGCAGAUGUUCCUUUGGGCGAUGAAAAUAAAUAUGAUCUAAAAAUGACAUCUAACUCGAAGAUUGAUUCUAAGAGUUGCUAUUACUAUUUCAUACGAAAUGUCUUAAAAUGCGAAUGGAAACUGUUAAAUUCGUAUAACUAUCAAACAUCUUUUUAUUCCAUGAAUGUUGCAGCGGAACAUCCGCUAAACAUCAAUAUAAUGAAAUGAAUGAGUAUGAAAAAUUUGAAUUCAUCAGCUUAAAUUGAGUGUGGGUUUCGGACGUGACUUCAAAAUAGACAGGUGCUCGACACAAAUGAUUUAAACAUUUUCGACAAAGAGCAGUCAAAAUAAAUCACAGGAUUCUGUUGGAAAUUGUCUUGAAGGAAAAUUAGAAAAUUUCGAGUGAUUGAUUUUUAAUUGUAAACAAGGUAUGGUUUGUUUUUUAUUUUAUCACCACGGGAAACUUCUUUUAAAUCUGUUGGAGGAGCUUUAUUUUAUAGCUUCUAGUGUUUGAUUCGCACUUACCACCACUAAUGUUGUUUCAUGCCUUUCCAUUGUUAUCUCACUUCCUUAAUUCUUUUUUAUUUUGCUAAAUUUUGAAAUUUUCUCAACUAAGAAUUCAAUCAGUAAGGAAAACAAGUAGAAAGCAGAAGGAAUUACCGGGCUGACGGGCGUAAUUACGUCAUCUACUGAAAAUUCAUCCCAAGUCACGUUUAUGUCAUAUUUUCCUUGAAUCUUUGCCGCCUCCGUGUUGUAUUCUCCUAAUUAUUCGUUCGGUCUAAAUACUUUGUAACUACUUCCUCAUCUUAAUUUACUGUAUUGCAACUUAAAAGCGAGGCCUGAGGGGCGAAAUCAACUGUUUGCGACUGGAAGGACUUAUUGAGGAUACUGAAAACAGUAACUUAAAUGUUAAAAAUUGCUUGGAAAAUGAUGGUAAUAAAAAUUUUAAUUAACAGGCCGAGAAAGAAUAUCAGAUAUUAUGAUGUAACAAAGACGUACCAUACGCUCAUAAUUUUCUAGGUUGUAUCUUUGACUGCUUGUCUCACAUCUCUCAUCUUUCUGAAGUAAAGAAUAAUUCGUUCGGACUUAGUUCUGUCAACAGCGAAUAAAUUUCUUGAUUAUAUCUUUGACUGCUCGUCUCACAUCCCUGAUCUUCCAGCAAUAAAGAAAAGGGUUUAAUGAUGAGUUUGAAUAAACCACGGUAAUAGUGCUCAUUUUGGCAAAAUAAUAAGAGCGGGAUAGUACAUCUUGAAGAGGCAUGGCUCUACUCACUACGCCAUCAACAACAAAUGGCAAAUAACAAGCUACCAAAGUCAGCUGAACCCACAAUGCACUAGAGACCGCCUCCCGUUGUCGCGCUAUAUGGAACAUGUGCCGCGGAGUCAUCCACCUUGGCUGCUGAGCAAGGGAUUCUUCUACUCGUGCCCGCUGUUGACAGAGCGUUUUAAAAAUUUUUGUAUAGGAUAAGACUAAGGUCACUAAACAAAACAACGUUCCGAUGUAGCUAUACCACAGGGUUAUGAAGUAGUUUUGAAGGGAAAUUGUUGCCGCCACGAUUGAAACGAUCCAAAAGACAGCUAUCAUCAAGGAUGUUCGCUUAAUAGUUACAACUUGUCUGUAUCUCAGCCCCAAUGUGAGGGCGAGAAGCCUGUCCACGCUUAUUGCAGUCAGUGUUAACAAAGACACAGAGCCCAGUAUGUAACCUGCUAUAAAGGCCAUGGAGUACGACAAUUCGCAAGCAGUCCAUCGUUCGCUUGCCACAGAUAGCAAAUGCACAGCAAACAAAGGUAUGAGCCCAACAAAGAGAUCAGUUACUGCCAGGGUGCCGAGUAAUAGCUUUGAUGGCGGAUGAAUAGACGAUUCCUUGCGUAAGGCAGCCAGGAUCAAAGAAUUACCUAGAAUUGCAGUCAGGGAUAAAAAUGAGGUGAAAGUUGUCAGGGAUUUCAGCUGGUUUUGCAUUCCAUUUGGUAAACGCUCUGCUGAGCAAAAUCCCCCAAAUGCGUCUUUCUUCCCAUCUACUGUAAUGUUUACCAUUUCGGUUGGAAAGGUAAAAGUAGAUGAAACUUUCCAUCAACAGCUACCGUGGUCUCCAGCAGUGAAACUUGUUAACAGAUGUUCCAUAACGGUUUGGCCUCGGCUUCCUCUAUGCUUUGUUUUGUCAGCCAAAGGGAGCCUCCUAAAAAGCUGUUAGAAUUGAACUCAAGUGUACUAGACAAGUAACUACAAAUAUCGAGGGAGAAAAAUGCAAAUCUAUCAGUACUGUUUGCUUUAUGUAUAAUUCUCAUUUCAGCUAAUAUCAACAACCUUUCGGCAGCUCAUUGUAAUCUACAACUAAUUUGUUUCUCUGCGGAGGAAAAUGUACUUACUAUAAGAGGAAGUGUUCAGAUAACGGACGGUAGCUCGCACCAAAAACUUACCAUCUUUUAGUUACUGGGGAAGAAUUAUUAGUAUUAAUUAUAGCAAAGGUAAAAUAACGGUGCAAAUCGUACUUAAGUUUAUGAUAAACUAUGGCCGAUAUCUGACGGUGAACAUCUGUGGUAUUUCAGUCACUUCCCGGAUGUAAUUAAUAUCUUGACAGAGUCGCAACUCAAAAUCAACAGAUGAAGGAUUCGGCUUUCCAUUAGAUUCAGAGAUGCCUCUCUUUUUUUAACUGAUUGUUUGACAUUUUAAUGUGAGCAUAAAUUAAAUUUUUUCCUUAUAUAAAUGGGGCUAAUUCAGAUUCUCAAUCAUCAUUUCUCAUUUCUUAUAUCUGCUUGAGGAUUACAUCAUCAAAGCUUCUUAGAUACAUAAAUUCCUUAAAUAUCGUUUUGCUUGGAUACAUAAAUUUCAUGAAUAUCGUUUUGCUUGAAUACAUAAAUUCCUUGAAUAUCGUUUUGCUUGGAUACAUAAAUUCCUAGAAUAUUGUUUUGCUUGGAUACAUAAAUUCCUAGAAUAAUGUUUUGCUUGGAACAAGAAACUGAAGUCAUAGUACGAAUGUUCAUACGCUCAGAGCCAUCCAAAACGUGCUACUAUUCAAAGUCAGAAAAUUACAAUAUCAGUGGAAUGAUAGCGACCAGAGGAGGGAAAGAGUGUUUGUUUGUUGGAUGUCAAAAUUUGUCGGUCUUUUUUUUGUAAAACAGUCUAAGUUCGCUAAUUUACCAAUUACUCUCCCCUUGAAAAAAUUUCUUUUUAGAAGAUGUGUUUUGCAAAUAGCUUAUCCCUUCUUUUCUCUAACCGCCCUUGCUAUUAAAAUGAUGCGUGAAACGUGUUGGCAUGGUGGCCGGUGUGUUAGACCCUACCGAGAUUGGAUGACCUGAAGUUUGAGUUCUACUGGAGUUAUAUAUUGCGUUGCUGUGUUGUGUACUGUUGUAGAGCAGGACUCUUUCCUCUUGUAGCAGCUCUCUACCCUCCGAGGUGCAAAUUGGUACGCGCAGUAUCAAACUGCGAAGCAUACUCGAUGAAUUCCUAUGAAAAUGUGCUAGGAACUAGCGCCCCAUGCAUUCUUCAUGACUCCUCAUGCUUAUGAAAACAGGAAAAAAUUCGGCAUUGAAGGGGUAACCAGUUCGUAGGACCUCAACGUUAAUUUUUGAAAAAGGCGUAAUAGUGAAAAGAAUGUGUUAACGAGAUAUUACAAAGUGAAUAUACGGGGCGUGUAGCUGUUUUUUUUUUUCUCUUCGCUUCACACUCCCAUCUGGGUAAAGAACGAACUCCUUUAGAGUGGUCCAUCAAAAAGAAAAGAAAAAAAAAAAAAAAAAAAAAAAAAAAAAAAAAAAAAAACAGACGAAUGUCAAACUGAAAAACAAUCAAGCGAUGAGUUUUAUAAAAAUUUUUCUCGAUCGAAAUUUGCAGCCAGUCUGGUCGCUUUUAAAAGAUAAACACCGACCGGCAAGAAUAAAAAACAGUCUUGUUCCUUAAAAAAAAAUGAAUGUCAAUUUAUUCAACAGUAAUUGUAUGAUGUUCGGUCCAUAUCUGAGUCGUUUUGUCAUACGUCAGGCCAUUAAGGAAGUGCUUUGAGGGCUGAAAAUAAAUUGGAACUUCGAUGGAAAUAAUUCGAUGAAGAGAUAGCUUUGUUAUUCGAAAAGCGCUUCAAAGUAAUUCCGUUUCAAGCAACGGAAAAGAAAUGAUGGGAACGAGUGCAGUCCCACUCUUAACCAUCUGUUAUCAUAUCUAACUUGUAUCCUACACUAUUGAAAAAAUAAAGCCGUCCAAAAUGGGAUGCAUUUUCUCGUCUUUGUCAGCGUCCGUAAGCACAACAAAAUCCACUAAUUUUCAUGAAACUGAUCCGAAGCCACUCGCAUAUUCAAUAUUUCAACACUAAUUGUUUAGAAAAUGCUACAAAUAAGACGCACGUACAACCAUCUGCUCUUAGUAAAGGGUAGAAAUUAAAUAUUAGGCUUCUGUCUUCAAAUUUGUCGUCUUUGAAGCCUUGUUUAACUGUCAAUCUUUUACAGGAAAAAUUAACUGUAAAAGGUGACGAAAAUGGCAUGGAAAAGUUUUAUGAGCGACAGAAAUAAUUCGAUAAUAGCUUCAGCAUUUCUGGAAAGAUCGCCACAGUUAAACCGUUGUUAUCUUCGUUGGGACAUGCGUAGUUUGUGAAUACGCAAAUGUAAUACAUGUAGGACUUCCUAAGAGAAGCGCCAAAACACUAGAGGGCAAUUUGAAUGCAGAUUAAACGAGAAAUUUCGAAAUGAGCAAAUUUAUUAAAAGUCGAGGUAAUUAUUUUAUUCUAGGUUGAUUAUUUCAUCUUAAGAGUGAGCUGUCUCGCUAAAUUUAAAUUUGUUUGAUUCAGUGUUUUACCUGAAAACACUUAUUUCUGACCUGACGAAACUACUCAUUCGUAGCUUUUUCUUUGGCUGUGAACCUUUUUUUCUUAUAAAACGCAUUUUUGUUCUCAAUUUUUUAAAAUAUCUUUUUGAUAGUGAGAAGCAAUUUUUAACAGCGUCGCUGGUUUUCCUCUUCUUUCAUGUGAAAUCCCGCUCAAUAGGAAAAAUAAAUUCUGACACGUUUAGCCGUAGGGGCGCCGUGACGCAUCUGGCUUCGUUCACUUCAAUCGCGUCACUAUCGCGAAAAGCUAUCGCCCUUUAGCUAUUCAUAAAGAAGAGCAAAAACUUGAGAGAGAAUAUGAAACGAGUGAUGUCGAUUUUGUUUCUUUAUUUGACAAAGUAAUGUCGUACAUCAUUUAGUAUUAGAGCCUUUCGACAUGGCACGAAAUGCGUCGUGUUGACAUAUUGACUAGCAAUGCGUGUAUUAAUAUUCAAAUACGAUGACUCAGAAGUUACUAACGACAUGUGGCGCUUUUGUCCAUCUUGGAUUGAGAUCAAUAUUUCGUCAAGAGCUAACAAAGAGUAAUUUUUUAAAUCUGGUUUUCGCUGUAUGUCUGAUGGAUUUGAUCUUCCAAAAGUAAAGAAUAGGGUUUAAUGACGAAUUUAAAUAAAAUAAAGUCAGUGCAGACGCCUUUGUAAUAAAAAAUGUCGAUGAUAUGGGAUCACUUGGAUCCUGCAACAUUUGCGAUACUACGCCAACUAUAACAUGAGGAAGAUAACAAACAACCAUUGUCAACUUCACCCAGAAAGCGGUGGACACUUCCUUUUUAAGUCGUAUCAAGUUCAACGAAGUUGUCUGGUGCUCAGAGCUAAGUAUUUGAUUCUGAUGCCCGCAAAGAGUACAGAACAUCUUGGCGAAGGCGAUUGAUGAGGUUACCAAGCAUAAUGCUAUGACUACAUAAACAUACCAAAGAUAUGCGAGGAAAUUCAAUAAGGAGAUUACUGUAGCGGCUGACGAAAUGAUCCAAAAGGCAGCGAUAGUCAUGUGUAUACGCCUUGACGUUACGACAUGUUUGUAUCUGAGUCCCAACUGCAAGGCGAGAAGUCUGUCAAUGAUAAUUGAAGUCACCGUCAUCAAAGAGACUGUAGUUGUGAUAUUGCCGAUUACGAAAAUAGCGGUUACCACGGAGUGACAAUGAUUCCAUCGUUUUUUCACCAUGGAUAACCAAUAGCAGACAGUGAGAGGCUCUAAAAUAACUCCAACACAAAUAUCUGUUGUUGCCAGACAGCGGAAGAAGAACUUGGAAGAUGAACGACAAAAGUAAUCGUUGGAAAGAGCAUCGAUGAUCACAACAUUACCCAAGACUGCAGCAAAGGACAUGAAAAUGUUAAAAACUGACAAAAAUGUCAUUUGGAGCUCUACUUCUUCGAUAAGAGUCUUCAGAAGUAAACAGUAAACAUUUUCCAUAGUCUUUUGUCCUCCAUAAACACUCUCAUUCGCCAUUCUAUCCUUAGCCGUGCGACUCGAUUUGUAUAAUUAUUGUAAUUAAUUGGGGAUACGGGUGUUUGAAUUGUCGAGGGCAAAGUCUCGUGAUAUUCAGUCGUCUUCUUAUCCACGACCGCUUUCAAUCAAUAGCCAUAACCGUGAAUAUCAUAAAACCUGCGCGAAUAAUACGCGAGCUGGUUACGAACCCUCAGUUCAUAUGGAAAUAACACAAAAGUUCUCGUUAGAUCACUUAUGAUCAUCAGUCACAUGACAACGCUCACAAACAUGAUAAUCAUUAGUAUGGGACGUGUCGAUGGCGCCAAUGUUCUUCCCGUAAUAAUAUUCUUUGAAGCUUCUGCAAUAGCAAAAAUUUAACAAUUAAAUAAAUACCCUAAAUGCUCGAAUUAGCGCCAGUUGCAAAUGAGUUCUCCGUUCGGGCUCAAAACUGAUGUACGUGUCUUCUCUCCACCAGAAUAAUCAAUCAUUAAUAUAUGAGAGAUGGUCUCCAACGACUUUGGAAGUUAUUCAAGUAGUUUAAUGCGUUGUCUAAUAUCAUCGCGACAGGUGAUAACGACUAACGUAUUUUAUAAUUAUUCAAAUCAUUUAACGUGUUGUCUAAUAUCCUCGCGAGAAAUAAUGAUCACAAAAGUAAGAGCAGAUGGUUUACUACGGUAAUUUUUCACUGUAAACUUAAAGAAAAAAAAUUCAGAAAUUAAAUGCGAUUGGGAGGGUCACCGGAACUUGGUGACGCAUAUAGCCCCUUGAAUUAGCGCCCCAUUUCCACGAAAAAGCGAAUUUCAAAAGCGCCCCGGGCUUAUUUGACCACAUACCGCAUCGUUAUCUGUUAUGGCACAAACUUCCUUGAGGGGAAAUCUGUAUUUUUUUGUCUUUUCUAUUUGUAAUAAAUUUUCAUCGAACCCCACGAUCAAUAGGACAUGUCAAGCUUUGUAUACUAGUAUGUACAAGGGUUUCCUUCAUUGUAAAUCUGUUUUUAAGCAAGAAAUUGCUCUUUAUCUUCCCUUAAAGCCGGUAGCCUUUUCUUUCAGUCAUAGAUUGAAAACUGAAAUUUGACUUUAUCGAGAGGACGUGUUUGAUUGGUUCCUCUUCGUGAGCUAUUUUAGAAAUAAUCAAUUUCCAGUUGUUUAGUCUGCACUGCGUUUCCAAGUUAUACAUUUCUCUUAGCCACUUGGCUAUUUGAAAUCUUAAGAGGUUGUUUAAGGUGCAGGUUAAGAAGAAAGCUAUGUUUCGGAGAUAAAGCAUUGUGAAGCUCAAUACACUGAGCUGAGAAAAUCAAGCAUAAUUUUCUUCUUUAGGUUGAACACCGUCAAAUGGUAUAAUGCUCUUCAGAGAUUUUUUUUCUCGUAAAAAAAACUAAAGUUGUCGUUUCGGUAGAAAUUUCUAACUGCCUUUCGUCAUCACUAAGUUGUGCAAUUUGUUUCAAAGCCGCCUAAACAGUGAGAAAAAGUGUCAAUGUAUUUAAUGAUUCAAGAAAUUUAAUGCAAAGUAUAUCACUUUUGAUUUGAAAGAAGCAUUUAUUGAAAAAAAUUAGAUUUUAGAUUAGUGUAGAUGGUCACGUUCUGCUUUCAUCGCAAAAUUACGUGUCCAAAAUUGGACACUACCACUGUCCAAUUUUAAUUGGACACGUAAUUUUGUCAAACUAACAGAAAGAAGAACAGGAGACGUUAAACUAUUAUACCAGGGGAACUUGAUCAGCCUUACAAGAACCGUUGCAAUAAGGCACAGUUAAAACGACAUUUGAUUGCUGCAAAACUGAUCUACAUAAACGGAAGGGGAAGUUCUCAAUUUAAGAUCAAAAUCAGAAACUUGAAUUUGUUAUUGAUCUUAAAAGGGAUUAAAGAACAGCUCCACCUCUUACGCUUUGGGUCGUCGUUAGAAGUGUAGGAUUAUCCAAGGUGUACUUGCGUUACUUGGAACAUGAUCCCGCAUGUUUGGUGGAAGUGUUCCUGAGAGGAUUUCUUUUCCUUAAAAGAUGAUAAAGAGAAGCAGUGAAUCGUGAGUGAUUGUAAUUAUUCGCAUCACUUCGCAAAUAGAAAAAUUGCCGAGAGAGAAGGCCGGCGCCAUUUAACUCCUUCAAGCAAAUUAAUGUCAAGCAAUCUGUGUACAAAAGUACAUAAUAUUUUGUAUAACACACACGUGUGGUGCGCUGAUUAAUUGGGGUCCAUGCAGUGGCCGUACAUAAAUAUGGUUUAAUUUGAAAACACAGUUUGGUCGAGUGCGUUGUCGAGUGACUAUAUACCAAGAGAAGAAUGGCAAAUGAAACUCUCGACAGAAAUCAAGCGACUGUAGGAAACAUAUACUGUUCUCUAUCGCAAACUCUAAUCCAGGACAUACGACCUCAGUUAACAUUUUUGUCAACUUUCAACAUUUUUCUUUCCAUUACGGCCUUUCUUGGAAACGUUGUAAUUCUCGAUGCACUUCGCAACGAGUCUUCCAUUCGUCCACCAUCAAAGCUCUUCUUUCGCUGCCUUGCAACAACUGAUAUUUGUGUUGGUGUCAUAAUAGGGCCUCUGGUUGUCUUUCACUGGAUUUCCAUAAUGCAAGAUCGAUGGAUUUAUUGUCGCUUUUUAGUUGCCAUAGUUUUUGUUAUUGGCAGCAUCCUAACACAAGUCUCCCUUUUAACUUCAACUGUAAUAGGGGUUGACAGACUUCUUGCCCUUUUGUUGCGUUUGAGAUAUAACCGAGAGGUGACUUUGAAGCGGGUGUAUGCGGUUUUAACUGCCUUUUGGAUCUUAUCCAUUAUUUUUGGGGUGAUGUCCUCAAUAAACUUUCGGGCGUAUUUGUGGUUCGCCUAUACGGUCGUAACAGUUUGUUUAGUAACCGCUCUUUUUACUUACACCAAGAUAUUCCGUACUCUUCGUCAUCAUCAGAACCAGACACUCAGCGCGUUUCGUCAAAUGACUCCGCUCACCUUGGUACGCUACAGAAACGCAGUGUCCAGCGCAUUAUGUGUGCAGCUGACAAUGGUUGUGUGUUACUUACCGUAUGCUGUUGCUGGAGUAGUGUCACAAGUUUUACAGGAUCCUGGUGAACCUGCAACUUCAUCAGUUUUUCUAAUGAAAGUAUAUACAGUGACUUUAGUUUACUUAAACUCGUCCUUAAAUCCAAUUCUUUACUGUUGGAAGAUUGCAUCAGUGAGAGAUGCAGUGAAAGCCAGAGUUAAAAAAGUACUUUGUCGCUUUAAGUUUCAAAUUGACUCAGUUUCGUAGGAUUAAAAGGAAUACAGUUGGCUGCCGCCUUUUAAUUUUUUAAUUUUAUCUCUAAGUCAAAACGCGUUCCGAUUUGAAGUAUUAGCAUAGUACCAGACAGUUGUACUGAAAAUGUCAUUCAUAAAAAUAAAUGUAACUUAUCUCAUCAAGUUCUAAGCUUCUUUCCACCUUUCACUUUUGCAGGUUUUUUUAUUUGUCAGCAUAUGAAAGAAAUUAUGUUUGGCCGUAUUUUUUUAGAUUCGAUUUUAAAGGGAGCAAAUUCGAUUUUUUUAAGGGCGAAGGAGCAUCUGCUUUCCGAAGUGCAUGGUCGUUUCGUUUCUUUAGAGAACGUAAUUAAACCCACUAAGCUUUACUGCGGUUGAAAAGGAGAAAAAAAUAUUGAAAAACACUGAAUAAAACAAAUAUUUUCUUCCCUUGUAUUUUUUACAUACACAAGUAACUUGGAGAUUGUUUCCCCGGUGAAGAUAUUAUUUCUAAAUUUCUAUUAUUUCUAAGAUGUAAAUUUUAGACUUUCUGGUGCUGUUUGUGAAAAUUACUGUGCCUGAGCGACACACAUUUGCAUCUAAAUGAAACGUACCGAAUUUUAAUCGACAAAAAGAAUUUUAAUCGUUUGUCUCACGAAAAAAUAUCAAAUAACGAGUUGAGGUUUCAAUUCAGGAUCGCGACUUUUCCUUUACCACAUGUAAUUUACUGCGAAUGUCCAUCGGUUUUGAAUGACGAAGUGCCGCUGUUUAUUAAGCAUAUUGGUUAAUUGCUAUUGGUGCGAUUUGACGUGUUUUCGUCGAUUCUUGUUUAUAGUCCGACAAGUAAGCGUUUUUUCCUCCUAGGUUGUCUUUGCUAAUGACCGGCUUUUGCGCUUUGUUUAAAUUUGUAGGAUCUGGCUUCGGAAAUUUUGAUUCCGCUGUCUUUGUUGAUUAUUUUUUAUAAAGUCUUCUACGGAUGGCCAAUUUAAGCUUUCAGCCAUCAUUCGAUGAUUGAACACGUCUUUGGCAAAUGAAUACGUUACGUACAAGCUGAAUAAAUGGUUAACUGAAUCUCAAUGAAAGGUCGUAGAGCGAAUGGUACGUAUUCUUCGAAUAGACAAAAUAAAUGAAUAAAUAAAUAAAAGAGAAGCAACAAAAACAAGAACAACAAAGACUUUCAGCUCUCGUGAAGGUUUGAUACUUGGAACCAAUAAAUAUUCAUGAAAAACAUUUCGAAUUUUUUUAAUUCCGAAUUUUCAAUAACCACGUUUUGUCAGCCGCACUUUCUUCCUCUCCUUUUUGCCGUUUUGUUUUUACCAAUUGGACACUGAAUAUACAUUUAUCACUCAUAACACACUAAGCAAAAGGUUUUAAGGGUGGCAUUAAUUGCAAUAAGGAAGAUAACUAACCUUAAAAUAAGCUUUGAAGAUAAAUUUAUCGUUGUUCGAUUAGCAUUAGUUGGAACAUGUUAAUCGUACUUUUUAAAGAUUGCCAAUAUUAAUUGUGGUAAACCUUAUCAAUCACGAUAUGGAAAACGAACAAUGAUGAUAGCAGAAAUUAGGAAUCGGUGCAACUCACCCUAAUAUAUCUUUAACGCUGUUUUGCGUCAUUCAUAACGACGGUAAUGCUUAUGAGAUCGAAGUUUUUCCUUACCUUUUCAUUCGCCACUUCGGGCAGCUCUUAGAUAAAAAGUAAACCACAAUUUUUUUUCAAACGUGAUAGGAACAUUUGGCCAUAUUAAAAGCAAUGGCAAAUAUUUUCCAAGCAAAUGUAACCGAGACUCGGAGUCGAGUGCCGAAGCGCGAGUCAUGCUUAAAAUUAAGAUGGAGUGCAAGAAAAAAAAAAAAAAAAAAAAAAAAAAAGAGUUUUCAAGAAAUUGCGGAAGGACCAAAAGGCAGGUCUAUUCACUAAUUCAUCCUAACAAGUAGAUCAAGCAGAGCGAACCCCUCCAAUAAAUAAGCUGUUUUCUUCGCUUGUGUAAAUUGAGAGAACGUUUUCGUUGAAAAGAGCUCUUCUGAAGCAUACAUUGUGUUUGUAUGACUCAAGUGGGCGGUUUGAAGUACAAUCCCCUUGGGUAUGGUACAGUGGAACUAGACACAGCCAAUUUUUUUUUAUUUUUUCUAAAGAAAAUUAUGAGCUAUUGUUUGGGUAUUUUUACCGAAUGCUAAUGAAACAUGUCAAGUUUUAUCUCCUCUUGUACUAUUUGAUAUUUCAACACAGCUUCGCCACGGUUCUCUAAAUAGAAUAAUGAAGACCAUUUCAGGCAAGUUGAAUGCUUGUUGCAAGUUAGUUUUAAUUUAUAACGCAAAAUGAAACAGCAAGAGCUAACAGCAAAAAAUUUGUUUCAUUCUGGCUUUCACUGCAUUUCUGAUUGAUUUGAUCCUCCAACAGUAAAGAAUCGGAUUUAAAGAGGAGUUUAUGUAAACUAAAGUCACUGUACACGCCUUUGUAAUAAAAAGCAAAGAGUUUGCAGGCUUACUCCGAUCCUGCAAAACUUGUCCGAGUAUACCUACUAUAACAUGGGGUAGAAAACAAACGACCAUCGUCGCUUGCACCCAAAGGGAGCUGGAUACUGCCUUCUUGAAUCGCGCCAAAGUUAGCGGAGUCAUAUGACGAAUAACGCAGAUUGCUCGAUUGUGAUUGUGAUGAAGCGUGCAAAAUAUCUUGGUGUAAGUAAAUAUCGCGGUCGCUAAACAUAAUGUUACGAUAGUGUAAACGCACCAGGAAUACACGAGGAAAUUAUACAGGGGCAGUAUCGCAAUGCCAAUCGACAUGAUCCAAAAGGCAGUUACAACCACGUACGUUCGCUUUAAGGUAACAACAUGUUUGAAUUUCUGCCCCAGUGACAGGCCGAGCAGUCUGUCCACGCUUAUCGCAGUCACCGUCAACAGAGAGACUAAGGUCAAGAUGUUUGCCGUCAGGAAUAGGACGGAGACAACAGCUUGACAGUUACUCAAUCGCUUGUUUGCGGUGGAUAUCCAAUAGUAAACACUGAGCGGCCCGAUCAAAGCUCCAACGCAAAUGCAGUUGCUGCAAGACAGCGAAAAAAGAGCUUUGAAGGUGGACGGAUGGAAGAGUCCUUGCGAAGAGCAUCGAGGAUCAGAGUGUUUCCCAGAAAUGCGACUAAUGACAGAAUAAUGUUAAAAGCUGCCAAAAGUAUCAAACACUGCUUCACUUCCUUAACAAGAGCUUCGUCAAGGGAACAGUAUAAGUUGUCUGCAGUUUUCUGUAUUUCAUCGGCGGUUUCGUUUUCCAUCCUUAUUUUUCUCUAAUGAAUCAAGAAAGACUUUUUUUCUAAGUUGGAAUAAGUGAAGCGCUUCGGUACAGUACGUGAGAAGAUUACAGUGCAUCGCUAUAAACAGUCGCAUCAUCGACGCAAGCCGUGAAGCACGCAUAACGAUUGUCAUUGUUGUUUCAAUUGCGGGGUAAUUUGACUUUCACCAAUUGGGUUCAAGCUGAGAUCAAUUGCACUACUCAUUUAUCCAGCACUCUCCUGCCAUCACUUGACAUCAAAUUAUAACUCAACGCAAGAUGGUCGAAAACGACACCAAUAGGUCGUUAAUUGUCAACAAACAUUUUCGAUAUAAGUACGCCCAAGGUACGCCCCGCAAGCACUUCCAGCAAGGUUUUUCGGUUCGGAUUGGUGGGCGAUCCAUCAGGCUAUCAAUUAUUUAACAGUUAUCAUUAUUAUAACAUUUUCUUAUUUUUGAAUAUAAUUACCCUUACGUUAAAAAUCGUUCAGUCAGUAUGGGAUAUGAAGUUUUCUAUGAAUAUGCUGCAGAGCCAAAAAAAGAUAAAUUAACCCUUAAACUCCUAUAAGUGACCAAGACAGAAUUUUUUUCUUACAAUAUCAAUAUAAUAUGAAGCAGACAAGUGAUGAGAAUAAAGAAAAAUAUCAGUAAGGAGAUUAUAAGUUGAUCCAAUACCAAGUUCUCCAAACUAACAUCACAGGAUCUGUAUAGGAGACAGUAAGGAGAAUGAAUUACUUGUGAGAUCUUGAGAGUUAAGGGGUUAACCUAUUGAUGACAACCUACACCUUUGCCGUGUCUCGACCUCCGCGUCAGUUUGACUUUUCUUCUAAAAAACUUCCUUAAUUUGUCAUUUUUAAAUUUUAAAAUUAUCAAAAUGGUCACGUUUGUAAUUUAAGUCCAUUUAACCUCGGCGUUAAUAUCUAAUGGCGAAAGAAGGUGGAAACAUAGGAACUGAAAAUAACUGGUUUUUAGCUUUUGGUUUAGUUCUCAUUUAACUUUAGUUAUAACUGGAAAAAUUUGACUUAAUCGGUUGCAUUUCAUGAAACGGAUAAAGCUGGCGAUGGGCUAAGUUGGCUGGAUUAGCAGAUGGCUUAGCAAUGAUGCAAAGAUGCGUGUUCCGAGGCACGUUACGGCUAUACGCAAUCAUGUUGUUUAUUUUUGAAAAAAAACCAUGCUGAAGUAGAAAAUGUAAUGCGUGGAUCAUUUCACUUAGCAUGUAAUGUGGCCACUGCGUUCUGUUUAUUUUGUACUUUCAUUUGCAUUGAAAGUUGUAACGUGACAUGAAUUUUAAAUGACCUUUUAUGCGUGGACACCAAAGUUUCGAGGCAACAAAAGAAACAAAGAAACAAGCGAUUAAAAUUUCAAUUUUUAACAAAGGAAAUUAUUAAUUAAUUAAAAAGAGUGCAGUCAGUGAUGAUCUGUUUUAUAAACUUUAAGGUAAAUAAGGCAGCUGUUGCAUAUGAAAUUAAACUUUUUCAAUUUUCAAAAUGACGCCUGCGAAGCCUUUAAAAAAUAGACGUCAUUCAGUUAUUCAAUUAUGCUUUUCCCUGUUGGACAUGUUAAAACACCAUAGUUCAUAAUUCGAAUUAAAUUUUUUGAAAAUGACGCCCAACUAAAGUUGAACAUUCUAUCAGACGUUCUUGUAAGCUUAGACUCAAAGAAAGACGCUUCUUUUGGUUGCGUUUUCCUGGAGGGGGAAGAAUGCGUGAGGAGAGCGUACAAGGGCAGGUGGUGGGUUCAUCAACCACUAAUCGACCCUUUACACGCUAACAGGUAUAUUCACUUCCUCCAUUGUGUUCUCUAUCCACUUUCUUCCAUACUGACAGUGAAAAUUUUUAUAACAGUCAAGAUAUUUUUAACAUUAAUUUUGUGAACAUUUCUUUCACUCGCAUGAGCUUUAUCAGGAGCCCAAGUAAUGGGCUCCUGGCUCUAGAAUUAAUUCAGUGGUGAUAAUGUAAGGAGACAUUAGAUACUGCUGGUCUCUCGUAGGGGAUAAAAGGCUAAAGGAUUGUUUCCAAGAUCCGUCAAACUUUGUUGUAGACCAAGACAAAUAUUCGAAGAAUAUAUAAUUUUUAUCUGUCGAGGAUAAGUAGUAUGGACAACAACAUUUUAGAACUCGAUGAUAAAGUGCUUCUUACAAAAUUCGCAUAUUUCUCUUUUACUAAGGCGGAAGUCGCUUAGGAUUCAAAUUGUUUUUUUUCGUUUAUGGCGACAUGGAACAUCUGAUCUCUUAGCCGCAAACGCUUUCGUGUCUUUUCGUUUUUUUUUAAAAUUUUUUUCAACUUUUUGUGGACCAAAUGACAUUUUUGUUUUUUCAGUUUAGUGAAGAUAGGCAUUAUUCAGGGUAGUGACCAACUGCAUUAUGAUUGCAUUAUUCAGUCCUAAAAGUUAAUCAAACAAGUACAAAAUGUUCCUGUGUUAACCCGACAUCAGAUUAAAAAUUAAGUCUCCUUCUUGUACCAGAAGAAACUCUAAAAACCCAAUUUCUUCCUAGGAAAUUCCUACCUCCAACAAACAUAAGCGGAUGAAUUUAGGGCGAGCUCGAUUUCUUUUUCUUCUUUCCUAAGGCAACAAAACAACGUACUCCUUUAAGCAGCCGGUGAGCUGUUCAGCAUCAAAAUAAACAAAUCUUUCGGAAAAUAUAAUAACAGUCAAUUUCCAAACAAACAAAGUAUGUUUUCAAUUGUCUUUUUCACUGCUUGUCUCACCGACUUCAUCUUCCAAAAGUAAAGAACCGGGUUUAAUGACGAGUUAAGAUGCACUAAAGUGAUUGUAAUCACUCUGGCGAGGAAAAAGGACGAAGACACUUUUUCUUGAGCCGAGGUCUUAGCUCCCACAAAACUUACUGCACCAAACAGUAAAUGACACAAAACUAGCGCGAACUGCAACCACAGCGCAGCGAGCACUCGCUUUCGGUGUCGCGCUUUAUCCAAUCGGCGACAAGUUUGAUUCACUUGCUGAGGGCAAAUUUGUCUCUGGUGAUUUCUGAGAGAGCAAAAAUUUUAGAGUAUGAAAAAAUAGAUGUUAACAUACACAAAGAUAUUGCGACAGUAGCGUAUAAUAAGCUUAGAAAGUAGUUAACCAAAAACGUCGUUGCUGAGAUCCCCGACAUAAUCCAAAAGGCAACUGAGUACGAACACACGCGUUCGCUUUAUUGUGACAACGGUUUUGUAUUGAAGGCUUAGCAAGAGGGCGAGAAGUCUGUCCACGCUAAUAGCGGUCACAGCCAGCAAAGUAACUCCACUUAAAGUGUAGCCUACCGUAGUUGCAGAGAAUAAUACAUACGGACAGACAUCUCAACGUCCGUUCGUUAGUGCGAAUACAUAAGCGACAUGGAGAGGCUCUGAAAUAAGACCAACCCCGAAAUCAGAGAUACAUAGACAGCGAAGCAAGAGCUUCGACGGCUGAUGAAUAGAAGAUUCCUCGCGCAAGGCCACAAGCAUUAGAAAAUUCCAAUAAUUGAAUGCCUGUCGCAAGUUGGUUUUAAUUUUAUAACGCAAAAUGAAACAGCAAGAGCUAAUAGCAAAAAAUUUGUUUCAUUCUGGCUUUCACUACAUUUCUGAUUGAUUUGAUCUUCCAACAGUAAAGAAUCGGGUUUAAAGAGGAGUUUAUGUAAACUAAAUUCACCGUACAUGCCUUUGCAAUAAAAAACAAGGAAUUUGCAGGUUUACUUCGAUCCUGCAAAAUUUGUCCUAGUAUACCUACUAUAACAUGCGGUAGAAAACAAACGACCAUCGUCGCUUGCACCCAAAGGGAGCUGGAUACUGCCUUCUUGUAUCGCGCCAAAGUUAGCGGAGUCAUAUGACGAAUAACGCAGAUUGCUCGAUUGUGAUUGUGACGGAGCGUGCAAAAUAUCUUGGUGUAAGUAAAUAUCGCGGUUGCUAAACAUAAUGUUACGAUCGUGUAAACGCACCAGGAAUACACGAGGAAAUUAUACAGGGGCAGUAUCGCAAUGCCAAUCGACAUGAUCCAAAAGGCAGUUACAACCACAUACGUUCGCUUCAAGGUAACAACAUGUUUGAAUUUCUGUCCCAAUGACAAGCCGAGCAGUCUGUCCACGCUUAUCGCAGUCACCGUCAGCAGAGAGACUAAGGUCAAGAUGCUUGAAGUCAGGAAUAGGAUGGAGACAACAGCUUGACAGUUACUCAAUCGCUUGUUUGCGGUGGAUAUCCAAUAGUAAACACUGAGCGGCCCGAUCAAAGCUCCAACGCAAAUAUCAGUUGCUGCAAGACAGCGAAAAAAGAGCUUUGAAGGUGGACGGAUGGAAGACUCCUUGCGAAGAGCAUCGAGGAUCAGAGUGUUUCCCAGAAAUGCGACUAAUGACAGAAUAAUGUUAAAAGCUGCCAAAAAGAUCAAAAACUGCUUCACUUCCUUAACAAGAGCUUCGUCAAGAGAACAGUAUAAGUUAGCUGCAGUUUUCUGUAUUUCAUCUGCGGUUUCGUUUUCCAUCCUUAUUUUUCUCUAAUGAAUCAAGAAAGACUUUUUUUCUAAGUUGGAAUAAGUGAAGCGCUUCGGUACAGUACGUGAGAAGAUUGCAGUGCAUCGCUUUAAAUAGUCGCAUCAUCGACGCAAGCCGUCAAUCACGCAUAACGACUGUCAUUGUUGUUUCAAUUGCGAGGUAAUUUGACUUUCACCAAUUGGGUUCAAGCUGAAAUCAAUUGCACCACUCAUUUAUCCAGCACUCUCCAGCCAUCACUUAACAUCAAAUAAUAACUCAACGCAAGAUGGUCGAAAACGACACCAUUAGGUCGUUAAUUGUCAACAAACAUUUUCGAUAUAAGCACGUCCAAUGUACUACUCGCUAGCACUUCCAGCAAGGUUUUUCGGUUCGGAUUGGUGGGCGAUCCAUCAGGCUAUCAAUUAUUUAACAGUUAUCAUUAUUAUAACAUUUCCUUAUUUUUGAAUAUAAUUACCCUUACGUUAAAAAUCGUUCAGUCAGUAUGGGAUACGAAGUUCUCUAUGAAUAUGCUGCAGAGCCAAAAGAAGAUAAAUUAGCCCUUAAACUCCUAUAAGUGACCAAGACAGAAUUUCUUCUUACAAUAUCAAUAUAAUAUGAAGCAGACAAGUGAUGAGAAUAAAGAAUAAUAUCAGUAAGGAGAUUAUAAGUUGAUCCAAUACCAGGUUCUCCAAACUAAAAUCACAAGAACCGUAUAGGAGACAGUAAGGAGAAUUGCCAAUGAGAUCUUGGGAGUUAAGGGGUUAACCUGUUGAUGACAACCUAUACCUUCGACCUCCGUGUCAGUUUGAUUUUCCUUCUAAAAAACUUCCUUUAUUUUUAAUUUUUAAAUUUUUAAAUUAUCAAAAUGGUCACGUUUGUAAUUUAAGUCCAUUUAACCUCGGCGUUAAUAUCUAAUUGCGGAAGAAGGUGGAAACAUAGGAACUGAAAACAAUAAUUAUGUUUUACCUUUUGGUUUAGUUUUAAUGUAACUUUAGUUAUAAAUGUAAAAUUUGACUUAAUCGGUUGCAUUUCAUGAAACGGAUAAAGCUGGCGAUGGGCUAAGUUGGCUGGAUUAGCAGAUGGCUCAGCAACGAUGCAAAGAUGCGCGUACCGAGGCACGUUACGGCAAUACGCAAUAAUGUUGUUUAUUUUUGAAACAAAAACCAUGCUGAAGUAGAAAAUGUAAUGCGUGGAUCAUUUCACUAAGCAUGUAAUGUGGCCACUGCGUUCUGUUUAUUUUGUACUUUCAUUUUCAUUGAAAGUUGUAAUGUGACAUGAAUUUUAAGUGGCCUUUUAUGCGUGGACACCAAAGUUUUGAUGCAACAAAAGAAACAAAGAAAGGAACAAGCGAUUAAAAAUUUCAAUUUUUAACAAAGGAAAUCAUUAAAAAAUAAAAAGGAUGUAGUCAGUGAUGGUCUGUUUUAUAGACUUUGAGGUAAAUAAGGCAGCUGUUGCAUAUGAAAUUAAACUUUUUCAAUUUUCAAAAUGACGCCUGCGAAGCCUUUAAAAAUAGACGUCAUUCAGUUAUUCAAUUAUAUUUUUCCUUGUUGGACAUGUUGAAGCACCAUAGUCUAUAAUUUGAAUUAAAUUGUUUAAAAAUGACGCCCGAAUAAAACUGAAUAUUCCAUCAGACGUUCUUGUAAGCUUAGACUCAAAGAAAGACGCUUCUUUUGGUUGCCUUUUUCCUGGAGGGGGAAGAAUGCGUGAGGAGAGCGUACAAGGGCAGGUGGUGGGUUCAUCAACCACUAAUCGACCCUUUACACGCUAACAGUUAUAUUCACUUUCUCCAUUGUGUUCUCUAUCCGCUUCCUUCCAUACUGACAGUGAAAAUUUUUAUAACAGUCAAGAUAUUUUUAACAUUAAUUUUGUGAACAUUUCUUUCACUCGCAUGAGCUUUAUCAGGAGCCCAAGUAAUGGGCUCCUGGCUCUAGAAUUAAUUCAGUGGUGAUAAUGUAAGGAGACAUUAGAUACUGCUGGUCUCUCGUAGGGGAUAAAAGGCUAAAGGAUUGUUUCCAAGAUCCGUCAAACUUUGUUAUAGACCAAGACAAAUAUUCGAAGAAUAUAUAAUUUUUAUCUGUCGAGGAGUAGUAUGGACAACAACAUUUUAGAACUCGAUGAUAAAAUGCUUUUUAUAAAAUUCGCAUAUUUCUCUUUUACUAAGGCGGAAGUCACUUAGGAUUCAAAUUGUUUUUUUUUUCGUUUAUGGCGAAAUGGAACAUCUGAUCUCUUAACCGCAAACGCUUUCGUGUCUUUUUGCGUUUUUUAAAUUUUUUUUUCAACUUUUUGUGGACCAAAUGACAUUUUUGUUUUUUCAGUUUAGUGAAGAUAGGCAUUAUUCAGGGGAGUGACCAACUGCAUUAUGAUUGCAUUAUUCAGUCCUAAAAGUUAAUCAAACAAGUACAAAAUGUUCCUGUGUUAACCCGACAUCAAAUUAAAAAAUUUAUGUCUCCUUCUUGUACCAGAAGAAACUCUAAAAAACCCAAUUUCUUCCUAGGAAAUUCCUACCUCCAACAAACAAAAGCGGAUGAAUUCAGGGCGAGCUCAAUUUUUUUUCUUCUUUCCCAAGGCAACAAAACAACGUACUCCUUUAAGCAGCCGGUGAGCUGUUCAGCAUCAAAAUAAACAAAUCUUUCGGAAAAUAUAAUAACGGUCAAUUUCUAAACAAAGAAAGUAUGUUUUCAAUUGUCUUUUUCACUGCUUGUCUCACCGACUUCAUCUUCCAAAAGUAAAGAACCGGGUUUAGUGACGAGUUGAGAUGUACUAAAGUGAUUGUAAUCACUCUGUCAAGGAAAAAGGACGAAGACACUUUUUCUUGAGCCGAGGUCUUAGCUCCCACAAAACUUACUGCACCAAACGGUAAAUAACACAAAACUAGCGCGAACUGCAACCACAGCGCAGCGAGCGCUCGCUUUCGGUGUCGCGCUUUAUCCAAUCGGCGACAAGUUUGAUUCACUUGCUGAGGGCAAAUUUGUCUCUGAUGAUUUCUAAGAGUGGAAAAAAUUUUAGCGUACGAAAAAAUAGAUGUUAACACACACAAAGAUAUUGCGACAGUAGCGUAUAAUAAGCUUAGAAAGUAGUUAACCAAAAAGGUCGUUGCUGAGAUUCCCGACAUAAUCCAAAAGGCAAGUACGAACACACGUGUUCGCUUUAUAGUGACAACAGUUUUGUAUUGAAGGCCUAGCAAGAGGGCGAGAAGUCUGUCCACGCUAAUAGCAGUCAUAGUCAGCAAAGUGACUCCACUUAAAGUAUAGCUUACCAUAGUUGCAGAGAAUAAUACAUACGGACAGACAUCCCAACGUCCGUUCGUUAGUGCGAAUACAUAAGCGACAUGAAGAGGCUCUGCAAGAAGACCAAUCCCGAGAUCAGAGAUACAUAGACAGCGAAGCAAGAGCUUCGACGGCGGAUGAAGAGAAGAUUCCUUGCGCAAGGCCACAAGCGUUAGGAAAUUCCACGUGAAAGCCGUUAUGGAAAGAAAAACAUUCGUCGCUGAAAUAUACACAAACCAUUCUUGAGUUUCUUCGGCUAAAACUGCAGAGCAAUACAAUUGUUCAAAUUUUUUCUUUCCAUUGUCUGUAAGAUUUACUGAACCCAUUGUUAGCGCUAGCGCUAGGGAUCUCUUUUCGUAUCGGUGCGAACUAGCGUAUCGAGGCUUUACAGAUACUCUGAAUACAAAUGCUAAGCAUGACGGUUAGGAUAUUUAUUUCGAUAAGCAAAACAGAUGAUUCGGUGUCAAAAGCAUCUGGUUGCAUUCGAAGUUAGCGCCUUUAACGUUUCUUGGCACGCCUAAAGGGGAAGAAAAGAAAAUUUACCAUGUUCAUUAUGUACUUCAGAAUACUUUCCAAAAUUUAGAUUGUUAAAAAUAUUUCGUCGCUGAGUCAGGAAACAUAUGUUGAUCUCUGUUUCCAUAGAAACAUUGACAUUUCGAAAUACCUUAAAUUUAUUCCUUAAGUCAUUAUUGUACCACACUGAUGAAGAUUUCACAAUAAAAUUUUCACUAAGUUUGACACCUGCUGAAACCUGCUGGUCUUCAACACAGUCAUAUGCAGAUCUAACGCAAAAAGAUGUUCAUGAGCCAGUCGAUCUCCAUACUACGCAGCUUAUAAUUUGAAAACGUCUAUUGAUUCUUCCGGAUAAGCCCAGUGUCCACGAUAAUAAGGUUAACUCCCGAGACAGAAUUUCUCUUCACAAUAUCCUUAGAAUAUCAAGUACAUAAAUGAUGAGAAUAAAUGAAAAUAUCAUUUAGGGGAUUAUUAGUUGAUCCAAUACCAAAUUCUCCGCACCAACAUUAUAAGAAUUGUAUGGCAGACAGUGGAGAGAAUUACUGACGGGAUCUUGGGGGCGAGAGGGUUAAAUUGUCCACCACGAAGCGUACAAAAUAUAUUCAGUGUAGUGUAUGCGAAGCCCAAGUUAUUAUCUCAGUAUCCAUCUCGUUUUUGUUUUGUGUACAUGAAAUUAAAUGAUGGACAUUUUUCUUACAACAAAAUACACUUUUUCUCCUAGUGCCAAGCUGGAGGCCUUCGCAUAUUACCGCAUGGAAUACGAGCUCUACCUCAAUCUUGUUGUCAUGGAAGCCAUUGGCUGACCCCUAUUUUCUUCACGGCAUACUCCGUGGUUACCACAUCACUUACGACAGAUUAGAUGGUCUGGAAUCCACUGUGCAAGUACGAGUUUGCAGUUCAACUUUGUCGCUGGAGGUGGAAAGUUUAGACGAGUACGUUGAGUACGAAUUUAGGGUUCUCGCCUAUACAGUGAAGGGAGCAGGUCCUUUUCACCGCAUCAACAGCACUACUGAUCAGGAUGGUAAGGGAAGUAACAACUAAUCUAAAUUUUAAUUCGUUAUUUAAAACAUAUUCAGAGAGACUAGGGAGGGCGAAGCUAGGAUGAUAAUGCUCUGCCUUCGCCGCUGAAGUCCGGAUACUAUUUCUUAAAUUGUUGUCAUAGGCCAGCAUCUCAAAAAGUCUGCAAUGUGAUCUAUCGUUUUGUCUGCGGUUUCGUGUGGCAUGUUCAGGUACAUCUUGAGCUAGUAGCCACUUGUGGGUGUAAUCUUUUUUCUGUUCUCUUCCAACCUCAGAGGUUUUUUGUCCAAGUCUACAGGUUUUCCUUCCUCUAUAAAAACCACGACUGUAGACUUUCGACUUAAACCUGGAAUCGAUGCCAGGCCUUCGCCCAGCCGUGAUUUUCCCUCAGUGAGCGGAGGAUUGCCUUUGAAUUAACAAAAUUAAAGUAAUACUUAUUUUAAGAAUUUGAUUAGCAUAAUCCGACCGAUAUCUGGUCAAUCGAUGUCUUUAUCCCUCAGGUCUCCCUCCUAUUCCCUCCAACCUCUUCUUUCUUGUAUCGUCCAUAAUUGGUUGCGCAAAUGCCCCACUUGCCCUACUGGUUGAACCGUCCUUGGGGAGGUAUUACUAUGAGGUAUAACUAUGUCAAUUUAUCUUUAGUCCCUGGAGCUCCCCCGCAGCAUGUUUAUGGCUAUAACAUCAGCAAGCACGACAUCCGGGUCUUAUGGGAGGAUGUCCCCUUUCGUGACGUCAAUGGUAUCCUGCUUGGAUAUAUGGUUUUCUUCAAUGAGUCAUCGGACGAAGUCUUUAAUGAAACUGUUCCAUUCCCAAGAAAAAACGUCACUUUGAGCUUCCUAAGACCAUAUACCUUCUACACGAUACAAGUGCUUGCAUUUACCAUAAAAGGAAAUGGGCCAAAGAGCCCACCAAUCACCGUAAGAACAGAAGAAGAAGGUAAGGAACAUGGCAGAAGAAACUAAAUUCAGAUACUGUUGCCUUUAAUGUGAUUUAAAGGCAAGAUUGCCCCUGUUUGGAGCCUCAUGGGGGCAAAUGCGACAUCUUGACCCACCAAAGAUCAAGAAGAAAAAGGAGCGACCGAGCCCCAAAGACGUCCUUUGCUCGUCUCACCUUCUUUCCUCUUUCAUGAUGCACGUUCGCUUUGCCGAUAGAUUGUUUUUUAACUACUCUUCUCUCAAAAUAUGAGUAGCUUGAGUAGCUUUUCACAUUCGACUCUAAAUUAAAAUUUCUCUGGUUGAAAAAAAAAUUUCUGCUCUUGUUUCAUUGUCUCUACAGCACCUCAAGUAUACCCGUGGAAUGUCACCGGGCAAAACACCACCUCCCGCUCUAUUUACCUUCAGUGGUCUGCUAUUCCACCGGAAUUAGUAGCUGGCGUUUUGCGGGAGUACAGAGUUGUCUAUGUCGAACUGAACGAUUUGAAUGAUCCGGUAAAGACGCAUACGCUAAGACUGCCAAUCGACCAGUUGUCUGUAAACCUGACAAAUCUUGAAAAGUAUACCAACUAUAGUUUUCAAAUUCAAGGAAUUAGCAAAUUCUUUGGAGUGAAUAGUCCACCCAUUGUUAUCAUCACAGAUCAAGAUGGUAAGAUGUAGAGUAACUAAGCUACUGUAGUUAUAACUAGAACCGUGAGUAAGUUGCGUUUACUGGGCUCUGCCUCUUACACGGCCGUUACCAAUUCGUCACGCAACAAUUUUAAGGAACGAGUGUGUUGAUUGACAUAAACAAUCGUGUGACAGCUGAAAUAGCGGUUGCAUUGGGUCCAGGCCCUAGGAUUUCUCAAAGACCAACCACAGAUUGUCGAGGGCGAUUGGUAGUGUACUCUAUUACUUUAAAUGUUGACGGAGAGUUGAGAAAUUUAAAUGAAGUAAAGUAAAAGAAAAGGAAACGAGACUUUUUUGAGAAAACCUUUUCACAAUUUUGAUAGCAUUCUUCAUCUUUUUUUCGUGUUUAGUCCCAAGUCUUCCACCGCUGAAUAUCACCUCAACUAACACAAGUUCCACGAGUCUAUUGAUCACUUGGGAACAGAUUCCCAAGAAACUAGUUCAUGGCAUUCUCCUGGGAUACCGAGUGUUUUACUAUCAGCACACAAACGCAUAUCAUGGGAGAAGAAGGCGCAUAAGAUCUGUCGAAACUCUCAACGAAACCGUUAGAACCUUACCUCCGAACGCAACAUCUCUUAGAAUAUUCAACCUAAAAAAGUUUACUUAUUACUCCUUUCAAAUUGUUGGCUUUACGAGUAAAGGCGACGGCCAAAUAAGCCUAACUUAUAACGUGAGCACGGAUGAGGACAGUAAGUGUAUUGCAAACAUUAUAGUUGUUAAUAUGUAGUGGAGUGGAAUAACUGUGGUAUUAAUUAUAUAGAUACCACUGAUCAUAAACGUGGUCAACUACCUAGUGAUUCUAAUUACGUGAUGGUUUGCUGCUGCUGAGGCACACCAAUCCUUAGUUUGGCGAGUAUGAUAUAAAAUAAAAAAUAAAUAUUUUCUAAGUUUGCAGUGAACUUUUAUUACAGUUGAGUAAAUCGCAUAUUGUAUAGGAUUAAACCUCGUCUUACUUCAAAGUAACAAGAAAUAAAUAAUAAGAAAUAAAUAGGAAGUGUGAAGUGUAUAAAGUCAGGAAAACGAUUAUGUUAAAUUAUCAAAACACUAAACCAGUUGAAACGUACACUUGACUGUUUUUAAGUCCCCAGCAAGCCACCUGUGGGACCUAGCGCGGUUAACUUGAGUGGACCACAUUCCAUUCUGGUGUCCUGGAAGCCAGUCCCAGAGGGCUUUGUGCACGGAAUCUUGUUGGGAUAUCGCAUCCUCUACAGAGUACUGAGUAUAGCUGAAGAAGACGUGAGGCAACCGACAUUAACCACAACAGCCAAACCAACAGCACUGAAUUUUACAUUGACAGGGCUUCUGAACUAUGCUGUAUAUGACAUACGAGUGUUAGCAUUCACAGUGAAAGGGGACGGAGCGGGAACUCAAAGCAUUAUAGCAGGUGUGUUGAAGUUGUAAAAAGAAUGCCUGAAAAAUGAGACAGAGGAAAAAAAAAGAAAACGAAAGCUAGGAUGUAGUAUGUAUAUAUUUCAUCCACAACUUGUGAUCAAUACUCAUCAACUCAUGGUCAAAAACUGUCUUCAUGUUUUCCUCGUAGUCUCCUUCGUUAGCUCGAAUUAAGCUUGAAGCCUAAAACAUUUUGUCAACAAAGUCUUUUAUAGAAAAAUAAAAUAUGGUCGCAAGCACCAGUAUAAAAGGAGAACGCAUUAUCUCUUGUUUGAUGCGAAACGAAUGAAUCAAAUCAGUCUUAUCAUUAACUAUUGUCUUUCAGAAACUUGCACGUGCCCAUUGAGAAUGACAACUAACUGGCAUUCCCUGCCUCCUUACAUGAAGCUUGAGAACGGUUCUUACAUAGGAGCUUUUCCAUUUAUAUUAAACUGGGCAACUCGCACGUGCUGUUUGCCUUGCACCAAUGGACACGGAGCCACUUCAGUGGAUUAUGAACAUGACAGAGAAAGAGUACCCGCUGAAAAGGAUAACGUGUCGUUAGUACACAAGAUUGAGUACGAGACCGACUUGAGCUUCCCCAUAGAGGGGUACAGGGGUCAGUCUACAUUUGGGGUGUAUCGCUAUGUACCUUUGAUGGAGUCGGCCGGGGUGGCUUUUGUCGUACCUGUGCCUUCACCUGAAGAGAGAGUCAGUUUUGUGAUAUGGGUCGCCACUGCCUGCUUCCCCAUGCUGCUCCUUUCAUUGUUAAUGAUGGCGCUGGCCGCAAGUGUUAUAUGGGUUCUUGUAAGUUGAAUGAGUUCCAUUUGUAUCACAAAGUUCCUUUUUGAUCUAGAGGUCGGUGUUCUCUUAGUUAAUAUUGGAAAAUUGAGAUGAGUUAGUUCACAGAGGUAAUAAGUCAUGAUAGGCCACAAAUGUCGACAGCGAUUUAUAUGCCAUUAAUUGCCAACCGAAAAUAAAGUAAGCUUCUUCUCACUAACUUUCACUGAUCCUUGGAAGAGCUGCAAAUUCGUCAAAAAAUCUCAGUGAAGAUACUGAAUUUCCUGCGUACCGUUGAUCGUCGUAUUAGCACUCACAACUGUCGAUAUGGGCGCGCAAUGAAUAUCAUCUACAAUUCAGUCAUAAUUUGCUCGUUUAGUUCUGAUUAAGUGACUUAUCAGUAGUAGAGGCUCUAUAAAAUCCUAGUAUUGUGAAAAUGAUUAAAAAUACAUUAUAUUUUCAAGAAUAAAUACUUGAGAGGUGCAUUCUUAGAAAUGGUGUUACAAUUAACAAAAUUGAUACCCGUCUAUUAUGUUUAAAAGUUUGCUGUGUUCCCCUCUUAUAUUUGAUAGGAAUCGACAACUAACCCCGAGGAGUUUCCAAGUUCGUUCAUAGGAGGGUUAUGGGAAGGAUUUUGGUGGUCCUUUAUCACAUGCACAACAUUAGGGUGAGGAGUUUAUCAUCUUGGGGUAAAAGGCUGGGUUACAAGAGAGACGAGCACGAUGACUGAAAAUAUAUUUUUUAGCUUGAUUAUGAAAUAUUUACUUUUUCAAACUGAUCGGUGGAAGGAGGUAAAGCUAAAGUCAAAGAAAUGCAUUUUUUCUUUAUGGAGAAAUGAAAUGUUCUCUAAAGAAUGUAAGGUGCGAAACUUCUGUGUUGUUCCUGAUAGAACGCUCAUUUAAUAGAGGUGCAAUUGGGUAUGUACCAAGUUUUUCGUUAAAAGUAGUCUUUUUUUCAUUUUUUUCAAGUUAUGGCGACAAGGUUCCUCGUACCCUCCUAGGAAGACUUUUUGCGAUAGCCUGGACGCUAUUUGGCCUUGUCAUGAUUUCGUUUCUUUUGGCUGAUAUGACCAAUGCUUUCAUAUCAUACUCUUUGUUUAAAACCACCAACAAGAAAGUUUAUGGUGCUAAGGUAAGUUCAUCUUAUGAGUUACAGCGAGAGAAUAUAAACAGUUUAUAAUCUCUUGGUCACAGUCAUUGAAGAGACGAUUGACUCCAGAAAAAGCCAAAGAGCGCCGCUGAGCGGAAGGCUGAACCUAGUAAAACUAUUACAGGAUGUGAUAAUUAGAUCCGUCUAUGGAAAAUGUUACGUUUUGCUCAGCCAAUCAUGUCGAUGGAAAGCGAAAUCGAGGUCAUUAUCCGAAAAUACCCUAUAGUCUCCGAAGAUACCUUCGAGCUCCCAAUCGGCUUUGGGUAUGGCGAAAACUCGUAGUUACUUAAAAAGGAUGAAUUUCGAGCAUCACAAAUGACACCUUCCAAACUGAAGCCAUACACUUUCUUUAGGUUGGAGCCAUCCAAGGUUCUCCGGAAUAUUUAUUUGGGCUGCGCAAAGUGGCACGUAUGAAUCCAGGUACGACACGUAGGCAUAGUUACUUCAGAACUAUCUUAACUCUUGCAGACCACUUUACGUACGACAUCUUCUACUACCGAUCAUUUUUACUUCUUCACUUGAAGACGGUUUGUUAAGAAUUUCCGCCGCGUUACUGUAUGACUGCGUCCAAUUCCGCGAUUCUAUCUAUUACCAUUAACCCGGCUGAAAAUGGCGAAUCCAUCUCGGAGGCAGGGGCUUGAUUUAACGUUAUUUUUAUCGCAAUAACCUUUAGUUCGGACCGAGAGCAAUUCUUUUGCCAGACUUAAACUUCAGUUUCAAAAUUUAUGCAAAAAGAGGUCGGAUUUCAAGCUGCUUUCCCCCAGAUUCUCAAGAUGUAUAGUUUGGUUUUCCAUCCUGCGCGGAUGUUCUCCAUUGAUAGCAUAGUGGCAUGUAACAUACAGUACUUUCUUGAUUUAUGAAAUGUUGACUCCUAGUUAAAUUAACUACCCUUUUCUUCCGUUUCAUAGUUCAACAGUAUCAUACAUAUAGUGCCAUAAACAAAGCUCUCAAAGACAAAGAGGUAGAAGGCGCUCUUAUUGACGUGUAUGUCCUGUCCAUGCAAAGGCAUCUGUCCUCCAAUCGCGAUUUACGAGUAUUAAAGGUCUUCGACUACCAGAAGACUUACGGAGUGGUUCUAGCAGGACCGUCAAUGAAGUUAGAAAAGUGUUUCUUUGACUUCGCGAAGUUCCAUAAAUGGGAGAUUUACCACAAGAUAGAAGAAACAAUAAGGAUUCCUGUGGUAUGCUGAUUUUAUUAUCAGAAAAAUUACUACAGACAAAGCACAUCCUUCUUCAUUCGCUACAGUUAACUCGUUCAAGGAGUUCGUUUUGUCUGAUCGUCUUUCUUCGCGGUUUGUUUUUUACUGGUUUAUAGGUCUGACUGUCCUUCUUUCUCACGCCUCUCCGUCCAUCCAUUCGUCCCUCUGUAUGCCUGUGUGUCACCUAUGUGCCGAUGUCUGUCUGUCUAUCUAUCAAGCUGUCUGUCGGUCCGUCUGUCUAUCAAGCUUUUUGUCUGUCUGUCUAUCAAGCUUCUGUCUGUCUGUCAAGCUAUCUGUUUUUCUGUCUCAGUCUGUCAAGCUGUCUGUCGGUCUAUCUGUCUGUCUGUCAGUCUGUCAAGUUGUCCGCCUAUCAGUCUGUCUUUCUGUCUGCCCAGUCCAACCCUCUGUAUCUAUCUCUGCCUUCAAAUCGGUGCCCAACUGUCCAUCUCUGAAUAUAAGGCACUGAAAAAUAUAAUUUAUUUUAUUCAUUUUCCCAUUUAUUUCUGCAUGGGAGCAUUCCUUUAAUUGAAAACAUUUCCCAUUAUUCAUUGAAUCCAAUUUGAAUGUUAUUUUCGGUUCUCUUUUGUGUCAGCCUCACGAAGAAUCAAUCGCAGAGGAAAUAAGUGGCGGAUUGUUUGACCCGGAUAGUUCCCAGUUCUCUUUCAGCUAUCUCGCUCUGACGAUUGUCUUGGGCUUUGCACUCCUUUGCGGGUUGGUGGGUCAGAUAUACUGCAGGAAAGUGAAACAGCACUCAACCAUAAUAAGUAAG